AUGAGGGACGGAACCGAUGCUGGUCGUGGUAAACUUUUCUCGGGUAAAAAUGAGGACUUUGUCUACCAGAACAGCGUUUACAAGUGGAAACCUGAUUCAAAGCAGGCGCUUAUGAAAAGUGGUAAGAAAGCUCUUCCAAAUAACGAUGGCCGCUCUAGCAAGAUGACGAAACGUGGCAGGGAUAAAAGUUUUGGGGAUGUACCUCCGGUCAAUAUCGCAGAAUUGAUUCACAAGAGAUCACAUGGCACAAGUAGUACUCGUUUGACAGGUGACAGAGGGAAUUCAAGCGUGACGCCUAAGACGAACAAGAAAUAUAGUAUCAUGUCUCGAUCACUGGAUAUUAAUCUGAAUGAAACAACGCCUAAGACGAACAAGAAAUAUAGUAUCAUGUCUCGAUCACUGGAUAUUAAUCUGAAUGAAACAACGCCAGCGACAAAUCUGGACAAAACACGCAAUAUCUUGUCCAUAAUCAACGGCGAAGAUGACGAUGAACUGAUGGAACUUCCGUCCCCCAAGAGACCGAGACAAGAUAAAGGACACCCCGCCGAUGAGAUAAAGAAACAACUGGAGGAGAAGUUCCAGCUCCCGCCGAUUUUGUACAAACAAAAGAUGGUCAGAAAGAUCCGGCCGUAUAUGAGUGUUGUGGAACAGAUACUGAAGGGGAAAGUGAUAUCUCCGUACUACAACGACGCUAAAUCUGUUUUCCAAAAAUCAAAGAGGCCAUUCGUAACCGCUGAAGAACUGUCCGCACUGGACGUACACGACUUCACCGCUGGAUUCUACGGGUUGAAGCGGCAGAUAUGCAUUGGGAAUGAAAUAUUACAGAAGUUCGGCGACCAAUUAUCGAACCACCCGUCACCAACCAUAAAAUGGUGGGGGGUCAAGGACUUCGCCACUUACGUGCUCGCACCGGAAGUGCUUGCCCUACUAGCCAUCGAAGAACUGAAACAGUUCUCGUCAGUGUACAGCACAGUGCUCGUACAUGCGAAGAAAAGACCGUUGACAGACUUUGAAUGGCAAGAACUGGAAAACGCACGGUUUGCCGCUACAGAGGUAUUUGAUGCUACGGCUGAUUACGGACUGCAAGUGACAGACAUGUCUCCCCUGGAGCAGUGGGAAGCGGCCGCACCAAGUAACAGUUGA